CUCUCGCACCUCUCGUCCCGCCCCCCUCCUCUGCUCUUCUGGCGCGGGAGGUUGUGUGAGCAACCCGCCCCCCACUCCGCGAUGGGGGGUGGAUCCGGCCGCUUCCCCUCGCUGCGGACUGUGCCCGGCUGUGCCGUCACCUGCUGAGGGGACCUAGCCCGGCGCUGCGGCCCGGUAGGGAGGAGUAGAGACCGGCCCUCCGGGGGCAGCCGGGGCCCCGCCGGCAGAGCCCGCCCACAGCUCGACCCGGAGGCGGAGGCGGAGGCGGCGGCGACGGCGGCUGCGGUGUAGAGGGAGACGAGAAAAUGAGCUGCACAAUUGAAAAAGCUCUUGCAGAUGCUAAAGCACUUGUUGAACGAUUAAGAGACCAUGACAAUGCAGCAGAAUCUCUGAUUGAACAAACUACAGCUCUCAACAAGCGAGUAGAAGCUAUGAAACAGUAUCAAGAAGAAAUUCAAGAACUUAAUGAGGUUGCAAGACACCGACCACGUUCUACAUUAGUUAUGGGAAUUCAGCAAGAAAACAGACAAAUCAGAGAAUUGCAGCAAGAAAAUAAAGAAUUACGCACAUCUCUUGAAGAACACCAAUCUGCUUUAGAACUCAUAAUGAGCAAAUAUCGAGAGCAGAUGUUCAGGUUGCUGAUGGCCAGCAAAAAGGAUGACCCAGGUAUUAUAAUGAAGUUAAAGGAGCAACAUUCCAAGAUUGACAUGGUACACCGUCACAGCCCCGAAGGAAUCUUCCUUGGUGCACCUCGACGAAUCCUUGAAGCAACUCAGCAUGGACUGGAGAGAAGGCACUUGGAAGCAAAUCUAAAUGAAUUACAAGUACAUGUGGACCAGAUUACUGAAAUGGCAGCAGUAAUGAGGAAAGCUAUUGAAAUUGAUGAACAGCAGGGUUGCAAGGAGCAGGAACGAAUUUUUCAACUCGAACAAGAAAACAAAGGCUUGAGAGAAAUCCUUCAAAUAACUCGAGAAUCAUUCCUGAGCCUCAAGAAAGAUGAUGCAUCAGAGAGUACGUCUUUGUCAGCAUUGGUAACCAACAGUGAUUUGAGCCUGAGGAAGAGCUGAAGAACCUGGAAAAUCACUGAGCUUCUUUCUAUUGCACAGCUCCUAAUAAGGAACCAGGGUUUACUUAAAAAGUUAAUGAAUUGAGCACCAGAAAAAUCACAAUCUUAAAUCAGCCCUUCAUUUCAUUCUUUUUAUAUUAUGUAUUGUACACUGGCAAAUGACAUUUUUAAAAGAUAUUAGCAGAAGAUCAAUAUUUGGUUGUCAUUGACUUUUCCUAUUAAAAAUUUUAAUGGGAAGAUGGAAACUUUAAGCCAUUGUUAUUUGGUAAAAAAAAAUAAAUAAAAAGUUCUCAUGUAUAGAAACUACUGAUUGUACUAGGCCCCUGCCAUGUUAUUUUUCUUCUUUAUAAAUAAAGCUCUACAUAGAAUUUAUGUAGUUAUACCAUUUUUUUUUAAAUCCACAUUUCUUAUCUUGGA